CUCGGGGUAGGGGCGCCUGGGAUAUCCGCGAGGUCUGAGCUUCGGACCCAGGGACCUGAGUCUGCAGCUGCUACCUCCACCUCCGCAAGGGGGGCUGCUGUGCGGGUCUGUCCCUGCUGGAAAUGGACCAGAGAGGUGAAGACACCGGUGUGGUGCCACACAGCAGGGUGUCGGAUGAUGAAUCAGCUCAGGACCCUGGAUCCACCCUGGGGGAACUGGGCCAGCAGAACGCGGUGAAGCGCGUGGUGGCCUUGCCCCUGGUCAAGGCCACGUGCACGGCCGUGUCUGGUGCUUACAACGCUGCCAAGGACAGGCACCCGCUGCUGGGCUCGGCCUGUCGCCUCGCUGAGCACUGUGUCUGCAGCAUGACCGCCUGCGCCCUGGACCGCGCACAGCCGCUCCUGGAGCACCUGCAGCCCCAGCUGGCCACAGUGAAUGACCUUGCCUGCCGAGGACUGGACAAACUGGAAGAAAAGCUACCCUUCCUGCAGCAGCCGUCAGACCUGGUGGUGACAUCAGCCAAGGAUGCAGUGGCCAAUAGCGUCACAGGCGUGGUGGACCUGGCCCGGAGGGGCCGGCGUUGGAGCGGGGAGCUGAGACGCUCGGUGAGCCAAGCCAUGGACAUGGUGCUGGUGAAGUCAGAGGAGCUGGUGGAUCACUUCCUGCCCAUGACUGAGGAUGAGCUAGCGGCCCUGGCAGCAGAGGCCGAGGGUCCGGAAGUGGGCUCCCUGGAGGAGCAGAGGCGGCAACAGGGCUACUUUGUGCGUCUGGGAUCCCUGUCGGCACGCCUCCGCCAUCUAGCCUAUGAACACUCUUUGGGGAAAUUGAGGCAGAGCAAACACCGCACCCAGGACAAGCUGGCCCAGAUACAGAAAACCCUGGAGCUGAUUCACUGUAUGCAGAGCGGGGCAAGCCCCGCCCCUGCUGUCCAUCCCCCAAGGGAGCAGCAGCUGUGGGGGGGCCUGAGCCCAUGGCAAGAGAAUGGGCGCAGCCACAACCAGGUGGAGCUGGAGACGCUGGCCCUGUCUCGCAGCCUGACCCUGGAGCUACAGAGUGCAGUGGACGCCCUGGCAGGCUGUGUGCGGGGCCUGCCACCCAGUGCCCGGGCCAAGGUGGCCGAGGUGCAGCGCAGCGUGGACGCCCUGCACGCUGCCUUUGCUGACGCGCGCUGCCUUGGGGACGUGGCGCCCACUGCUCUGGCUGAGGGCCGGGGCAGUGUGGCCCGGGCGCACGACUGUGUGGAUGAGCUGUUGGACUUGGUCCUGCGGGCUGUGCCACUGCCCUGGCUGGUGGGGCCCUUUGCACCUAUCCUGGUUGAGCGGCCGGAGCCCCUGGUCGACCUGGCCACUUGUGUGGAUGAGGUGGUGGGUGACCCUGACCCCCGCUGGGCACACAUGGACUGGCCAGCCCAGAAGAGGGCCUGGGAAGCUGAACACGCAGACCCAGGGGGAAGAGAGGCCGAGCCUCUGAGUGGCCAGGUCAAGCACACACUGAUGCCAGAGCUGGACUUCUGACCAUCAAGGCCCCUCCUGUCCCCCGGUGGUCACACACUCAGCAGACCAGAGCUUCCGCUCCCAGACCCCAGCAGGCGACUUUCAACCCCUCACAGGAGACUCUCCCUCUCCUACGAUCCAAAGCUGACACAAGAGAGGCUGAGGCAGGAGGACUGGGUUUCAGGCCAGCUUGAGCUGCCUUAUCAAGAUUGUCUCAAAGGAAAAACAAAAGCAAGUUGGCUCCAAGGAAGACAGGUGGCCUCAGUACCUACUGGGUGCUUGGAGCUCCUCAAAUCAAACAUUUUUGGCUGGUGAACCUCCAAGAUGCCCAGAUAACCCUGCUGGGCCAGAGUGGCCCAGCUGCUUUGCUGUUUGUGGUCCGGAAUAAAUGUGUUUGCUGUGCUCUGA